AUGAUCAUCGACUAUUAAAAAAACAAAUAUAAUGUAGGAAAUCCUUCAACCUUGUUAGAUAUGAAAAAAUAUUUAUAAAAAUAAAUACCAAAUUUAUAAAAAAGAGAAUUAAUUAUUAUGGUUACUAUGGAGAACAAUUAAGUUUUGCUUGAGGAAAAAAAUUAUGAAAAAAUAGUUCAAUAAUUUAAAAGUAAUAAAGAUACUAAAUUGAAAUGUUUUAUUCUUUUAAAUUAUUUAGAGAAUUUGAAAUUUCAAAGUGAUCAAAAAUAGGCUCAGAUUGAAUCUUUUUUAAUAAAAUAGAAUGAAUACUUAAAAAAUAAAUAAGAUAGUUCUUAGACCAUCUAAAUUCAAGAAUAGAAAGAUUCUUAUCAAUAGACAAAUAAAUUAAGUCAUAUUGAAUAAUAAUAGUAAUUGAUAUAAUAAAUUAAGCUCUACUCUAGGAACAAAUAAAUUAUGUGAUGAAUCAAUUAAUUAAGAAACUAUUAAAUUAAAUAAUGAAUCAGCUAAUGAAACAAUAGUUAAAUCAGGAACAUUUAAAACAUUUGAUGAAUCAAUUAAUUAAGAAACUAUUAAAUUAAAUAAUGAAUCAGCUAAUGAAACAAUAGUUAAAUCAGGAAUAUUUAAAACAUUUGAUGAAUCAAUUAAUUAAGAAACUAUUAAAUUAAAUAAUGAAUCAGCUAAUGAAACAAUAGUUAAAUCAGGAACAUUUAAAACAUUUGAUGAAUCAAUUAAUUAAGAAACUAUUAAAUUAAAUAAUGAAUCAGCUAAUGAAACAAUAGUUAAAUCAGGAAUAUUUAAAACAUUUGAUGAAUCAAUUAAUUAAGAAACUAUUAAAUUAAAUAAUGAAUCAGCUAAUGAAACAAUAGUUAAAUCAGGAACAUUUAAAACAUUUGAUGAAUCAAUUAAUUAAGAAACUAUUAAAUUAAAUAAUGAAUCAGCUAAUGAAACAAUAGUUAAAUCAGGAAUAUUUAAAACAUUUGAUGAAUCAAUUAAUUAAGAAACUAUUAAAUUAAAUAAUGAAUCAGCUAAUGAAACAAUAGUUAAAUCAGGAACAUUUAAAACAUUUGAUGAAUCAAUUAAUUAAGAAACUAUUAAAUUAAAUAAUGAAUCAGCUAAUGAAACAAUAGUUAAAUCAGGAAUAUUUAAAACAUUUGAUGAAUCAAUUAAUUAAGAAACUAUUAAAUUAAAUAAUGAAUCAGCUAAUGAAACAAUAGUUAAAUCAGGAACAUUUAAAACAUUUGAUGAAUCAAUUAAUUAAGAAACUAUUAAAUUAAAUAAUGAAUCAGCUAAUGAAACAAUAGUUAAAUCAGGAAUAUUUAAAACAUUUGAUGAAUCAAUUAAUUAAGAAACUAUUAAAUUAAAUAAUGAAUCAGCUAAUGAAACAAUAGUUAAAUCAGGAACAUUUAAAACAUUUGAUGAAUCAAUUAAUUAAGAAACUAUUAAAUUAAAUAAUGAAUCAGCUAAUGAAACAAUAGUUAAAUCAGGAAUAUUUAAAACAUUUGAUGAAUCAAUUAAUUAAGAAACUAUUAAAUUAAAUAAUGAAUCAGCUAAUGAAACAAUAGUUAAAUCAGGAACAUUUAAAACAUUUGAUGAAUCAAUUAAUUAAGAAACUAUUAAAUUAAAUAAUGAAUCAGCUAAUGAAACAAUAGUUAAAUCAGGAAUAUUUAAAACAUUUGAUGAAUCAAUUAAUUAAGAAACUAUUAAAUUAAAUAAUGAAUCAGCUAAUGAAACAAUAGUUAAAUCAGGAACAUUUAAAACAUUUGAUGAAUCAAUUAAUUAAGAAACUAUUAAAUUAAAUAAUGAAUCAGCUAAUGAAACAAUAGUUAAAUCAGGAAUAUUUAAAACAUUUGAUGAAUCAAUUAAUUAAGAAACUAUUAAAUUAAAUAAUGAAUCAGCUAAUGAAACAAUAGUUAAAUCAGGAACAUUUAAAACAUUUGAUGAAUCAAUUAAUUAAGAAACUAUUAAAUUAAAUAAUGAAUCAGCUAAUGAAACAAUAGUUAAAUCAGGAAUAUUUAAAACAUUUGAUGAAUCAAUUAAUUAAGAAACUAUUAAAUUAAAUAAUGAAUCAGCUAAUGAAACAAUAGUUAAAUCAGGAACAUUUAAAACAUUUGAUGAAUCAUUUAAUCAAUAAUCUAUUACAUUAAAUAAUGAAUCAACUAAUCAAACAAUAUUUCAACCAUAAGAUGUAUAAGUUAAUUUAGAAUAAAAUGAAAAAUAAAAGAAUUAGAGAUUCAAACCUUCAAUAGAUGAUAAUGAAAAUUAACAUAAUAAUAAUUAGAGAUCUCAAAUGGAAAUAUAAUCUUAUAUUGAUGAUAAUGAAAAUUAAAGAAAUGAGAAUUAAUAUAAAGAAUCAUUAAUGUAGACAUUUUUACGAAAUUGCAUUAAUUGUAAUAAAGGAAUUUAAGAAAAGUAAUUCAUUUUGAGUUGUGAUCAUGUAUAUCAUGAAAAUUGUUUAAAAGAAUUAUUAAAAAAUUAGAUCCAAUAAUUAAAUUCAAUAUUGUAUUGUUAAAAUAAUUGUUUAAUAAGACAUCCUUAAACAAUUCUAAAUAGUUUAGAUUUAAAAAUCUACUUUUUCUAAUUUUUAAAUAACUAACUUAAUUAAAUAAAAAAGAUAAAUAAGGAUAUUAGAAAUUGUCCAAAUAAAGGUUGCUCUUUUUUUGUGAUAAUUAAACAUAAUUAAAUUUGUGAAUCAUUUUGCCCUUUAUGUAUAAUGCAUGUAAAACUAGUAUGA